ACCUGAUGCUAGCGUGACAUUAUAUAAAGACCUCUGGUUAGUUUAAACAUUUGAAUUGAAAUACACUUAAAAAGUACUCUAAAUCUAUAUAAAUGUUGGUGCAAAAAAGGAUGAAUUAUCAGCAUAUACACACUAUGUCUCAGAGACACGAAGGCAGACGACAGUCUCUCAGUAACGAUCAAGCUGCAAGCUAACGAACAGUGAUGUAUAGUCGGGGAGAAUUAAACAUCACACUGAUAUCUAUGUAGCCAAGUAUAUAACCAUAAUGGACUCUGUGGAGAGUGAGUGGAUGUCUGUGCUCUUGUCCACAUACCUGGAGAGGAAGUUUACUGGAACAGAGGAGACAAUCAACAUAAAGAGGAGGGCAAUAGUCUUACAUGAACAAUUGUCUAAUGUUUCAGAAACGAUUUUCACUGGCAGUUUUGGAGAAGGAUGUCAUCAAUACGGGUCAGAUGCGGACUUUAUGAUUGUAAACAAGGCUAUAGCAGUAAUGUACCCUGAUCAGAGUAUUCCGCAACACCUGGCACACAAAACCAUUUUUUACAUUAGAGAGGCAGACUGUCGACCUGGAUAUGUCCAUUUAGAGAUAGGUCAGCUAAAUCUGUCACAUGACCUCCUUAUUAAUUCAUUAGUUAGAAUAAGGAAUUCAUUGUUUAUUUCAAGUGAUAUCUUCAGAGAGGACUUGAUUAGUCGUUUAACUACAGGGCAAAAUAUAAAAUACGAAUCCAAUGGACCCAGUUGUACAGCUACUGCGAUAGAUCAUAAAGAAUUGAUACCGAAUGAUAUUGUGAAUUGUUUUCAUUGUGACAGUUGGCCAAAGGAAGCAAAUGAAUGGAUUAAACGUUCACGUCUGUAUGGAUGGCCUCAUCAGACUUUGAUAGACAAGAUUGUAAACAAUGGAUGCCAUCUUGUUCCAGUUGGAGAUAAAUGCUCGAAAGAUACAUUAUUACAAUGGAGAAUAUCAUUUGCAGCAGCAGAAAAAUCCUUAGUUCAUUCUUUUAGUCACAUUCAAGUCAAAGUAUACGCAUUGCUGAAAUAUUUCUUAAAGCAAAUUAAACAGACAUUGAAAGAAACUAUUGGCGAUGAUGACAUCUUGUGUUCCUACUUCCUAAAAACAAUCAUGUUUCAUGCAAUAGAGAAUUCCAGCCAAAUGUUUUGGCAAGACAAGAACCUUUUUUAUUGUUUUUGGUUUUGCUUCAACAUUCUGAUUGCAUGGGUCAGGGCAGGAUUCUGUCCCAAUUACUUCAUCAAUGCCAACAACAUGUUCCAGAGGAAAGUACAUGGACAAAAUCAACAAAUACUACUGGACAUCUUGGACAACUUCUGCCAGAUGAAAUGGAUGUGCCUCUCAGUAGGAAACUUCUUCAAACGUUCAAUAUGGGAGGAUCUGUGCAAUCCCUCCAUUCAGGCUGACCUUGUAUGCCCAAUGACAGCGCAAAGAAAUAUUAUGGAACAAGACAAGACAGCUCUUGGAUAUUUAGCAUUUACAUCUGCCACAUACAGAACCAUCAAUAGGGCAAUUUACUUUCUAUCUACAUCAAAAUCAGAUAUUGAUGAAUUAUGCACAUACAAACCUGCUAUGGACAGUCUGAGAUGUCUUGCAUUAAAACUGUUCUCUAAAGAUCUGCCUGAAAACAGGAGUGCACCAGAAAACAAGACACGGUACCGGAGACUGAGGAAAUGUAAGUACUGGAUGACUCCAAACGCUUUGUUCGGCACAGAUGUGUUGUAUUUGGCAACUUUUCAUUUUCUGACUGGAAAUUUUGGUAAAUGUCUAGAGAUGAGUAGACAAGCAAUGAAACUAGCAUCAAACUACAGAGAUGAAAACUAUCUUCAUCGAUUGUACAGGCAUCAACCUCAUGGCAGACCAUUAGAAAGACUCCAGAAAAUAUACAAUAAAUACAUUCAAUUUCAUUGUGGGGACAUGCAUUUCCCAUAUCUUUAUCUAGAGCUGCGAAUGAAAGACAAAUAUCUAGAAAUUCCACCUCUACCGUAUGCUCUGUUCCUGAACUUCCUUUGUAGCCAUGAGCUUGGGGACAGCAGCGGACGUGACAAAGCAUUACACAACCUGAAACAGGUCCAGUAUGAUGAGGAACAGGGGGGACAAAAGUUCUGGAUAGUUCCCACACUCCUUGGGAUCUGUUAUCAAAUUCUCGGGAAUUAUAACAUGGCCAUCAGGGCUUACUGGGAGUCAGCACAAUCAAAGAACAUUGAUUUCCCUAAGUGGAAUCCUGCCAUAGACAGGAUAGCCAUAGUGUAUCUAUGUAUGUAUGUCUCACAGAGGUCAGACAGAGGAUAGCUGUGGUGUGUCUAUGUAUGUCUGAUAGAGGUCUGACAGAGGAUAGC